AUGGUCCAAGGCCUCGGACCACUUGAAGUUGUUGAGAUCUUUUUCGAACUGCUUCAGUUUCUUGGAACUGGCGUUGCUAUCGUCCACGACGCGGAACUCGCUCUCGCCGUGGUACUCGGAGCCGCGCAUCAUCCGCGCAAAAGCGGCAGACUUGACCUGCUUCACGCCCUGUUGCACCUUUGGCUCUGUCUUUCUGGUUCUAAUGGUGAGCAGACCAGAGUUCAGUCCCACCACCAGAUGUUUGUGAUUAGGCGACACACCGCAACUCAGGACCCCGCUACCAAACUUCCAGCCAAACUUGACAUCCCAGUUCACCGACUGCGAGUCAAACACCUUCAAAUGUCCGUCGAUCGAACCGGCCAGCACUCCGCGCUCGCCAGCGUCAGAGAGGCACGUGACCGUCUUGCUGAAGUUGGCAAGGCUCCGUGUGUUCUUGCCCGCGGUUAA